UACAUUGAAUAAACGUAACUAUUGAAGUGAAUCAAAACAAGUUCAAAGUGAUGUAAAGCUGAAGUAUAUAUAAAAAUAAAAUAAAGUGAGCCUGUAUUUAUAGAGGACAAGAAAUACUAUUUGAUAAAUUAAUUUCCAUUAAAAAGGUUUAGUUAGUUAAAAUGUCUGUUAUAAAUCAAGUCAUAGCAACAGGCAUCGUGAGUUACCUGUGCAUGAUGAUGGGAGUCAUGUUCACGUGGCCAGCAUCAGUCCUGGAACUUUUCGGCUCACAGAACACGACUCUCAAUAGAGUAAUGACAGAGACAGAGCUCUCACUCCUCAGCAGUUUGGCAUCUGUUAGUGGAUUGCUAUCUGUGCCUUUUUCCGGGCCUGUGCUAGAUAGGCUGGGCAGAAAAUAUACUUGUGUUUUAUUUUCGCUACUUCAAGUGAUUGCAUGGACCAUCAUAGCGUCAUCCAACAACGUUUAUGCAGUACUAUCCUCAGUCUUCAUCUGUGGGAUUACCAGUUGCACACUGCUUGUACUACCAUUGUACAUCGGGGAGUUCUGCCAGGAGUCUAUACGAGGAGCAAUGGGUUCAGCUGUUAUAAUGUUCUUCGGGAUUGGCAUACUGGUAUCAUAUAUGUUGGGAGGGCUUGUGAAAUAUCAAAUAAUGAAUUACAUAUGUCUUGCGAUGAGUGUUUUGGGUACUGUUAUGUUAUCUUAUUUAAAGGAGUCGCCAUUGAUUUUGAUCAAAUGGGGAAUGGAUGAUGAGGCGGCAAAGAACAUUGCAUUCUUUAGAGGAGUAAAGGUUAAUUCCGUUGAAGUUCAUACAGAAAUGGAGAAUAUUCGACGUGCUCUUAACCCAGAAUUAGAUGAUGCAACACCUGAAGAAGAGAAAUUAAAGCCGCAGUUGGACAGUCCAAAACUAUCUAUUUGGCAGUUUAUGAAGAAAUCCCGGUCGACUCGGCGUGCUCUGCUUGUUUGCCUUGUUUUGUGUUCAGCCACCGCCUUCCAGGGUGUGAUAGCGGUGCAGGUUUAUGCAGUUCCGAUAUUCGCGCUUGCAAUGCCAACCAUAUCACCUACACUGUGCAGCGUUAUAUUCGGUAUUGUUACCGUUAUAUCAGGAGUCUUUGCUGUUUAUCUCGUGGAGUCUCUCGGAAGAAAGUCACUGAUGGUGUAUAUGUCGCUGGGGUCUGCUGUGUUCUGCGUUUUACUGGGGACACAGAUUCAACUAUCAUGGGGGCCCCAGUGGAUUUCUGCUGUGUUCAUAUACCUCUUCACCAUAACGUACACCAUCGGUGCGGGAACCGUGCCUUAUGUAUAUGUUGCUGAAGUUUUUUUGCCUGAGAUUAAAGGUUUUACGUCAAUGCUGGCCAUGGAAUGGAUGUUUUUGGGAGCUUUCAUCAUUCUAUACAUCUACACUCCCUUGGUUAACAGUAUAGGGCUGGGUCCAAUGUUCUACAUUUUUGCUGCAGUGUGUCUAGCAACAACCGUGUUCUGCGCAAUCUGGAUGCCAGAGACCAAGGGUCUAACCGUUGAUGUUAUUCAACAGAAGUUCGCCACACCAAAAUACAUUUCUAGUAAACGAUAGAUAUUAUAA